GGGCUCUCAAGGCCCCAGGAUGAGGCCCCAUGCCCACAGGAGCCCCCAAGCGCCCCUGGCCCCAGGCGCCCCGUGCUAGCCCCCAAGGCGUGGGGAGGCGCGGUGGUGAUGGCCAGUCACGUGGACCUGCUGACCGAGCUGCAGCUGCUGGAGAAGGUACCCACGCUGGAGCGGCUGCGAGCUGCCCAGAAGCGCCGGGCCCAGCAACUGAAGAAGUGGGCCCAGUACGAGCAGGACCUGCAGCACCGCAAGCGCAAACACGAGCGGAAGCGGAGCACCAGCGGCCGGCGCAAGAAGGUGUCCUUUGAGGCCAGCGUGGCCCUCCUGGAGGCCUCGCUGAGGAAUGACGCUGAGGAAGUGCGCUACUUCCUAAAGAACAAGGUCAGCCCUGACUUGUGCAACGAGGAUGGACUCACAGCCCUGCACCAGUGCUGCAUCGACAACUUUGAGGAGAUUGUCAAGCUGCUCCUUUCCCAUGGUGCCAACGUGAAUGCCAAGGACAACGAGCUGUGGACACCCCUGCACGCCGCAGCCACCUGUGGGCACAUCAACCUGGUGAAACUCCUCGUUCAGUAUGGGGCCGACUUGCUUGCUGUCAACUCUGAUGGGAACAUGCCCUAUGACCUCUGCGAGGAUGAGCCCACGCUGGAUGUCAUCGAGACGUGCAUGGCGUACCAGGGCAUCACCCAGGAGAAAAUCAAUGAGAUGCGGGCAGCUCCUGAGCAGCAGAUGAUAGCAGACAUCCACUGUAUGAUCGCAGCAGGCCAGGACCUUGACUGGGUAGAUGCCCAGGGUGCCACACUGCUGCACGUAGCUGGAGCUAACGGCUUCCUGCGGGCAGCGGAGCUCCUCCUGGACCAUGGAGUGCGUGUGGAUGUGAAGGACUGGGAUGGCUGGGAGCCCCUGCACGCAGCUGCCUUCUGGGGACAGAUGCAGAUGGCAGAGCUAUUGGUGUCCCAUGGGGCCAGUCUCAGUGCUAGAACAUCCAUGGAUGAGAUGCCAAUAGACCUGUGUGAGGAGGAGGAGUUCAAGGUCCUGCUGCUGGAGCUAAAACACAAGCACGACGUGAUCAUGAAGUCCCAGCUGCGGCACAAGUCGUCCCUGAGCCGGCGGACGUCCAGUGCCGGCAGCCGCGGGAAGGUGGUGCGUCGAGCCAGCCUGUCGGACAGGACCAACCUGUACAGGAAAGAGUACGAGGGGGAGGCCAUUCUGUGGCAGCAGCGCAGCGCGGCGGAGGACCAGCGCACCGCCACCUACAACGGGGACAUCAGGGAGACCAGGACGGACCAGGAGAACAAGGACCCGAACCCCAGGCUGGAGAAGCCCGUGCUGCUCUCUGAAUUUCCGACCAAGAUCCCCCGAAGUGAAAUGGAUGUACCUGUUGAGAAUGGGCUCCGGGCUCCAGUCAGCGCCUACCAGUAUGCGCUGUCCAACGGGGAUGUCUGGAAAGUGCAUGAGGUGCCCGACUACAAUGUGGCCUAUGGCAACCCCGGGGUGGCCGAUGCCACCCCGCCCUGGAGUGGCUACAAGGAACAGAGCCCCCAGACGCUUCUGGAGCUGAAGCGGCAGCGGGCGGCAGCCAAGCUGCUCAGCCACCCCUUCCUGAGCACCCACCUGGGCAGCAGCAUGGGCAGGACGGGCGAGGGCAGCAGCGAAGGCAAGGCCCCCUUGAUAGGAGGCAGAACUUCACCGUACAGCAGCAACGGGACCUCAGUGUACUACACGGUCACCAGUGGAGACCCCCCGCUCUUAAAGUUCAAGGCCCCCAUGGAGGACAUGGAGGAGAAGGUGCAUGGCUGCUGCCGCAUCUCCUAGUCUCUGUGUGAUGGAGAGAGUAGGGGGGAGGCGGGUGUUGCUGGAAUCUAGGCCAACCCAGCAGCCUUGGCUGGGGAGGCUUCAGGGGGCAACUGGGGUGGUGGGGGGAGGUGGGCUCAGCAUUCCAGAGGAACGCUGAGCCCACCUCUCACUCAGCGGCCCCGUCGCAUCUCCACUUCCCAUGGUCUGCUUCCCACUGCAUUGUCUCAUCAGAAACCAGGCCCUUGGUGGCUUCAUGACGCCCCCUGCUGUUAGUUACGGAAGGGCAGGCUGGCGUUCUGGUUCUGAUGUGCGUAAGGGCUUCUUUGGACCAGUACUCGCAUGUCACAUAUAAUUAACACACACACGCUUGAUCAACAUGUGCAGGAAUGACACAGCUGGGCUCAUGGGAAGCAGAUGAGACUGGGAAUUUGUAAGCUAUUUCUAAGAGGAUCAAGGUGAAGUCUCAGAGUCUGAUACCACUGCCAACAUGUCUUUAGCAGGGGAGGGGGCCUGCUAAACUGAGACCCAACGUCUUGCCCAGAGUCUUACCAGGAUUUGGGCCUCCAUCCACAAUUGACAGGAGCAGAAAGUCCUCUCUGUGUUCAAAAGGAGCCAUGAACCCACAUGGGUUAGAUGGGAUGGGCACAGGCCUGCUCCCCUCAGCCUUGCUCAUGUUGGGACUCACCUGUGGGACUGCCCAGAUACCAGGGUGGGAAAACAGGCCAUUGCACUCCUGGAAUAGCUCCAACCACAUUUUUCCUCUUGGGUGCAAGUAUCAGAAAAUGGAGGAGAGGAAGGGGAGCAAAGUUAGUGUUUCCCAAGGGGUAUUUGAUUAAAAAUCUAUUCUAGGCUGUAAAACUCCAGGCAGGAAGUAACUGCAUUUGCUUGCAUUCGUGGAUUGUAUCCUGAUCAUUAGGUUUUACUGAUGGGUAUUAGAACGAAGCUGUGUGAGAAGCUGCCUUUGGAAAGGCUUUCUAGGGAGAGGGGUGAGUUCAUGUUGUCAAUUUCGACAAACAUCUCUGGUAACCAGAGAUUAAUUUUCAGACUGUUCCAAUCCAGCCUAUUUUAUUCAACCGUCCGUGGACUGAGCCAUCACAGUGAGGGGCUGCUGGGGCCCCCACCCCUCCCAAGUGAAUGCUCAAGACCCUUGGCCCAGCUUUGCCUUUCUGGAAUGAUUGGUGAAACCAGUUGGCCAGUUGGUCCUUGUGGACUCCUCCCUGGCCCCAGGGCUGCCAGCCUGCUUCUGCUGCAGCAGUGAUGCCCCCAUGCCACAAAUCCAAGGUGCCCAUGGCAACACCCUGCACAGCACUCAGUAGAGAGGUGGUGGGUCUCCCUCUGGCCCUAUAAUUUCAUAACCCCAAUCUCCCUGAUGCUGGGAAGGGAGGGCCAUGAGGGGCAGGCUGCUGACCCCUCUUCACUGCAUUCUCUCAUGAGCCCCUUUGAGUGCACAGCCCACGAGCUGGUGCAGUCCACAGGCUCGGCCAAAACCCAUUGGUAUAACUAACAAGCUGCAGGUUUAUUCCCUGCCCUGUGCGCCUUUUAUUUGUCCUAAAACUACCUCCUUGGGGCUCUGGGAUUUGGGGGACAAAUAUGUGUUCCCUUUAGCCCUCUUUUUCUGAGACUAUGAAAAUUUCCCCUGAGGGCACCUGGGCCAGGGGCUGGGACUGGAGGAGAUGCCCCUCCUUUGUGCCACGACUCUGGCUAUGGGCUCUGUCUUUUGUCAGCCUCCGUCCUGCACUGUUGCCCUCAUGGCUCCUGGAGCCAAGAGUGGGAGCUGGGUGCCAAGGGACCUAACUAAUGUUUUACCAGGUACAGGGCUCCUGGGCUAGAGAGCAGGGGCUCAAGGCAGCUGCUGGAUGCAGAGUCACAGCACAGGCCAUCCCAUCCCGACCCCAGGACAGAUCCAUUCUAGGAUCAAGGGGCAGGUCAGGAGACUGUAGACAGGGGUGCAUGACUCCUGACCUGCCUCUGUGGUCUGGGGCAGGCUCUCCGUCAUCUAAGCCUAUGGCCAGAGCAGGGUGGAGUUCAUCCAAAAACACAUACCUUUGGCUUUAAAACAGUGCUUAGAUCAGACUAAUACUGAAAUCCCUCUUAAGCUGCAAGUUGGGGGCUGCCGAGGGAAGCCACACACUCCUAAGACCUGUGCAGGUUUUUGGAUCUGUUUGCUCAGGGGCCAGAAUUGAAGGUAUUUAUUGCCCACUCUGGGCCCUCUGGCCUUCCCUCCCCACUUGCAUCCUCUCUCCUAAGUCAUUCCUUGCUAGGGAGGGUGGGAAUCCCAGCUCAUUCCCCAACAGGAGCCAACUAGAGACUUGGGCAUUAGCUCAUGUUUUCAGUCAGGGAUAAACCAUUCCCCAUUAGGAUUCCAAGUACCUGGGGAAUUUUCCCUGUGGGCCUCCUGGGUUGUCCCUGGAGGGACAAAGCUGGGACAAGGGCCAUUCAUUUAUUCAUGCAUGUCAUUCAUGAAUAGCUGUGACAUACCAGGCACUAUCUUGGUACCUAAGGAUGAAGGAGAAACAAGACAAAGUGAGAAGAACUGCUCUUUACAAUUUCCAUCCCUUGCAACCUCAAUAACCCCAUUCACUGCACCUGAGACAGGCAGGAUAACUGCUUCUAGGUCCCGCAUCCCUUUGCUUUCUAGCUCACAGAAUCCUUAGAGCAGUAAAUCCUUUUUGCCAGGAAACCAUUGUCAUGAUCCUCUCUGGAUAACAUUUGCCACUAAAUACUGAUGCUGGUUCUUGGGUUCCAGACAGAUGCCAUCCCAUCUGGAACUUGCAGGGACAGCUGCUUUCAGACCAGUAUCUUUGGGGCACUGUAUAAUAGCAGUGUGAGAUUAGUGACUAGAAGAGUAAGGAGUCUGGAAUUUGCUGCCAAAUGCCUCUCAGGUUCUGAAACUCAUUGCUUCUUGCUCAUUUUUGCUCACUUAUUCCAUAGUCCUGCUGCCCCACCAAUAGCUGGGAGGAAAGGCGCUUCUCCUUUAAUAUUGAAGCAUUUCCUCAUGAAUCUUUAUUCUUUUGUUAGGUGUAGAUCAGGAAGCUGGUAGAAAUCUGACUAGUCGACCAGAUGCCUGGCUCCUGCUGAGAUACAGGUCUGGUGGCAGUUCCUGGCAUGUUAAAGGAAGUUACUUCUAAAGCAGGUGCCACCUGGCUCACUGUGAGCUCUGGCCCUUUCUUCUACCCUGUGCCCCCAAAUAAUUGAAACUUGGUGGUUAUCACAGUGAGUUUCUGGUCAGUAGCUCAGGGCUGCUAGACCCAGGUCUACUGAAGACAGCAGGAUGUCAUUCUUCAUCAAAUGCGCAACAUUGGCCAAACUGCUCUGCACUGUUUGAUCGAUUUCAAUAGGCUUAGAAAAAGCUAACAAGGAUGUGUCUCCCAUCUCACCCCGCCAGUUUGCUGGUUUUGUAAUAACAUAAGACCAUUUUGGUUAUUGGUGUCAGAUACCUUUUGACCUUGAGCUUCUCUCCCACCUGCUUUCCCAGAGCAGGAUCCUGGGGCACUUUCCAGAAGGGUGCGCCUUAGAAGUUUCCCAGAAGGACUGUAUAUAACCCUUGCUAUUGUUGCCUGGAUAGCUCCCCUCCCCCGGGACACCCAAGAACAAAGGGUCCUGUGGUCAGUGGAACAGAUUCGUAAAAGUGACUCCCUUUGCCAGAAGCUGUCGCCCUCUCCUCCACAGGAAUCUCUUGUUGGCCAGAGGGCCUGCUUCCUAUGGGCAUUGUAAGUGCCACAGUGCGGGGCCUGGCUCUGCACACCCAGAAAAAGUCUGCAGACCCCCAGCCCUCCGCAAUAAUUCACCAGACCAGAAGCCACUGAUGUACAGAGAAUACUCAAGAAAAAUGUAUUUUAUGUGAAAAAAGUUAAAACUCUGUAUACUGUAUCAGCAGCUUUGUGUAAAAAUGGCAAUCAAGAGAGUCUAAUAUAUUUAAAACUUUUUUUUUAAAAAAAAACCCUCGCGGAUCUUUGAUAUUGUAUUGAAGUAACUCCCAGGUAGCUCCUUACCCGGCGGAAGUGGCAAGCCACCUGGCCAAGACUGUGGCUCAACCACACCCCAAAGGGGCACACCUCUGGAGUUGCUUCCAGCUGCCAAGGCCUGUGACAGAAUUC